CGACAGGGAGGAGAGAGGAGGGUGAGAGUAAACCGCCCUCUCUCUUUCCCUCUCCUCUCUACUAAUGCGCACACACGCGCGCGCUGCAGACAGACAGGAGAGCGGCAGACCGAACGUCUGUCACGAGCUGCCCGUGAGAUUCAGCAGCAGUCAGAUGUAGUUUCUAAAUGGAGGAUUCAUGUUUCCUCCCCAUUGGAUCCCAGCAUCAGAGCCGCCGUGCGUCUCACUCCUGCAGCCGCAACGGGGACAGACAGUGAAGACAUUGGAGAGACAGAGUGAGGAAGGACGCACAUCGACUGACUCAAGUGUGAGGAAGCUUCCAGUCCAGCAUUCACUUCGUACAGACAGGGAACGAUUUUAUUGAGACAUGGGGUGUAGGCUCCCUAAGCUGCGGAAGGCAGAAGAGAGGCGAAGCCCAGGCAAUAUCUACUCCACCCUUCGAAGGCCUCAGGUGGAGACUAAAGUGGGUGUAGCGUACACCUACCACUUCCUGGAUUUCCUGUUGGGGAAAGAAGAGGUGCCGGUGUCCUCGGUACUGUGUCUGUCCUCGGUCAGGGAGCUGCCGGUUCAGGUCAGGGAGCUUUACGCGCAGGGUUUCGUCCUGGUCGCCGUCCACCCGUUUGUUCACCCCUGCGGCCCCCGCCACGCACACAUCCAGCGCCAGCUCCACAGGGCCGUGCUGGUCCGAGAGACGCCAAGUUCAGAGAAAAGCCAACUGAGGUGGGCAAGACAUCGUCUGGAGACAGAUGUGUGUGUGGCGGGUCACCAGACCGCUGACCCGGAAGUGAUCCAGAGCUACGUCAAGAGGAUCCAGGAUGUAGCAGAGCAAGGGGUGAUGUUUGUGGGCUUUCUUCAGCAGCCAGGUGGGGGGCCCUGCUUCUUGGGGCACUGGGACCCAGAGGAUCUGUCGUCCUUACAUUCAAGCCCUUCGCCCAUACAUCGACACCCCUUCAGCACCAACACCAGCCCGACAGAUCUGACUGAACCGCAUCAAAACGGCACAGAACCUGACCCCUCUGACCCCUUUGAACCUCAAGAGUUAGAUCAUGAAAACGUAGAAUGUAACACACAGCCUUUGGUGCCCAGAGAGCCAGACUUCAGCCCUCUGAAACCCAGUUCAGAGCUCAACACGGAGGAGUCUAAUGAACAAAGUCAGACCUCACAGAUCAGUUUCAAAGAGUCACUUGAAUCAACAAACCAACCUCAAAAUCACAGUAAACCUGGUGUAGACACAGCUCAGUGGUGUCCAAAUCAAAACCCUGCAGAUACCCAUGGGAGCCAGCCAUGUCUCAGGCCUACAGAAAGCACAGAUACAGUCAGGCAGCAGGAGCAUAGUCUACCAGAACACGAAGAACCCACAGAAAAACAAUUUAACCUGCCAAAGCAGAGAGAAAGACAAGGUUCAAGCUCAGACAGCUGCCUCAGCUCUCCAGAACAUGAACGCAACCAUGAAAAAAAGUCUGGCUCUGUCUGUACGGAUGGGCAAAGCAGAGUAACAACACACAACAACAACCACAUUCGGCUCAAGAGUUCAGAGAAAGAUAAAAGCACAACUUCACCACCAGCGCAGGCUAGGAUGCAGCUCUUUGCCCUGUACAAUCACACAGGGGAGCUGAACACUUCUCUGAGGUUCUACUCACUGAGGGUGCCGCUCCGAGUUCAAAAGGAAGCAGGGCUAAUCACAGAAGUUGACGCACACUGGCUUGACCACAUGACUCAGCAUUUCACCAGCGGUGCACACCUCAUUGAUGGGUUUUUCCACCUUGGAGAUGAUAACGACAAUGGGGUCUCAUCUGUGGAUAGUGUGUUCAUCUUCCAGAGCUCUGCGGAGGAGACCACAAACACCUCCUAUGAUGCUAUCGUGGUUGAGCAGUGGACCGUUGUUGAUGGUGUGGUGGUGAAAACAGACUAUAUCCCAUUGCUCCAGUCUUUAGCUCCAUAUGGAUGGAGGCUAAUGUGUGUGUUACCCACUCCAAUUGUCAAGACCAACAGUGAUGGGAGUUUGUCGACCAAGCAAAUCCUCUUCCUUCAGAGACCUGUUUUGCAGCGCAAAAGAAAAGACUUCAAGAUGCUGAACCUCAGGGGUCGCAACAAGGCAAAGAAAAACUCUACAGGAGAAGAGGAGAGGGAGAACAGGUCCCCAGUGAUGGAGGCAGAGAUGGACAGGUUAAGACGAGACACAAAAGAAGAGGAAGAGGAGGCCAAAAGGAGGAAGAGCAGGGACAGCGGAAGAAACGAAGGGGCGAGCCCUCAGGAAGGCGGAGAGGAGAGGGGAGAGGACGCACGACAUCAAAGGGGCUCGGCGUCCCUAUCAGGGAGCAGGAUUUCUGUCGAAGGCCGGGAGGAGGAAACUGACAUUGACAAGAUCCCUCUGUCCAAGCAGGAGAAGUCGGUGAGAUGGACAGAUGUGUGUCAGAGAGAUGAUGGAGGGGUCAAAGAGGAGGUGAAGAUGGAAGAACGGAUCAAACAGCAGCUGUUUUCAGGCGUCUGUUGACACAUUGGGAACAAAAUGGGAAAAGGUAAGCUGAAACCUGGUUAGUUUAUCAAAAAAAAAAAAGGUCUUAUAAAGGAGUGUUUUGUUGAUCUGGAUUUUUAGUUCCCCUGUGGACAUUCCAGAUGUAGUCAUAUAUGCUGUAUUUAUAUCAUGUACUGUUGCUAACGCUUCAAUCUGCUGUUUAGGACGCGAGUCUUUGAAGUUGUAGCUCCCGAAAAUGGGAAAGUGUUGUGCAGUUCUUCUGCUUUCGGUCAGUGUUGCUAUUUGAUGUCUUUACAUGAAAUGAAAUGAGACUGCACAGGACUACACUAUACAGUAAAACUUAGAGGAAGUCUCUAGUCUAAGCCUUAAGUAUUAUUUUCUUGCCCAUUGUUGUAUUUUACUACUUUCUUGUAAUAGGACUGUUAAAAAGGGAGUAUUGAUUUCACUGGGCUCAUUGUAUUUUUAUAUGUAAACUAUAUAAAUUAAGAUAGAAAGACAGGAAAAACACAAGGUAUUUAAUAAACUGCAUUAAAGCCCAACUGAUACAUCUGCUUAUUACAGACAGUAUCAACUUAUAUGUUGGCCAAUAAACAAGACACUGUAGUACAGAUAUGCCAAAGAUGUUUGAGGAAAUUGUCACUAUACACUCACCGUGGUGUCAUUUGUCUACCGCAGUGAGUUUAUUUAAAAAUGUUUCACUCAGUACAUAUCUUGGUCAUAUUUUUUUCAAAAACAAAAUUUAGGGACUACUCUUAAUUAGUUGAAAAAAUCAUAUAUGUAGUGAUCAGAUUUUUUUAAAUAUUGAAAUUUAUUUGAGUUGCCAAAAAAAAGAAAAAGAAAAUAAUACAGUAUCAGCCAGGUUCUACACUAUAUUGAGGCAAUAUUCGGUGCAUUUUACAUGGUCUAAUUAAAGGGUCAGUUCAUUCAAAUCAUUAGUCAUUAGCUCUAGUAGAGACUAGCUAUGUGGAUAGUUUUGGUUCUUUUUGUCCAGGUUUUGAGAUAUCUGUGUCGUGAGAUUUUCUGUCUCCACCUCAGUAUAAUGAAGGUGAUUUUGUUUUAGUUCUAACUAAAAAAAAUCAAGAUCUCUCUUCAGAAGUGAUAUGUCUGUUAUUCAAGAUAAUAAAAUACAUUUGAUGUGUUAAUUUUUUUAAUGCAAUUUUUCAGUGCUGGGAGCAUCACAAAUCAUUUCCAUUCACCUGCAUUGUAUAGGAUCUGUCUCAAAACCUGACCAAAUCAAACCAAAAUUGUCUGUUUAACAAGAUACAAGACACAAGUGAGAAAAUUCUUUUUUGUAAAUUGAGUGAACUGACCCUUUAAGGGUUUCCUCUGCAGAAAAUGUGUACAUUAAAAAUCAGCUAUUUCUGACUUAUUUCCUGGGGCCAUCUGUGUUGUAAGUAGUGUGACAUGUAAGUCUUUAUAUAAAAGCAGAGGUCAAUAAAGUGUUGAAAAACA